GACGGGCCAAAACAUGAGCUCUGAGCCUGUGACUCGUUCUGAGGUUUUUGGACAGCUCAGGAGGGAUCUCUAUGGAGGGGAGCAGGCCAGUCAUUCCAGCACGCACAUAUUCAUCAUCCUGGGAGCCUCUGGGGAUCUUGCUACAAAGAAGAUCUAUCCAACUUUAUGGUGGUUGUUCAGAAAUGGCCUGCUCCCACAUGACACAUACGUUGUUGGUUUUGCCCGUUCUAAACUGACUGUGGAGGACAUCAAGGCGGCAUGUCUUCCUCAUAUGAAGGUCGCCGAUGAGGACGUCGAAUGUCUCUCGGCAUUUUUCAGUAAGAGCUCCUACCUGAGCGGCAAAUAUGACGAUGACACCUCUUUCGCCCGACUUGACGCCCAUCUGUCGUCGCUGCCUGGGGGAGCUGACGCCAACAGACUCUUCUACCUGGCCCUGCCAGCCACCGUCUACCAGCAUGUCAGCACAAACAUCAGAACCUACUGCAUGAGUCGCAGAGGCUGGAGCAGGGUAAUUGUUGAGAAGCCCUUUGGACGAGAUCUGCAGAGCUCAGAGGAGCUGUCGGCCCACCUGUCCUCCCUGUUCACAGAGGACCAGAUCUACCGCAUAGACCACUACCUGGGCAAGGAGAUGGUGCAGAACCUCAUGGUUCUCAGGUUUGCAAAUCGUAUUUUCGGACCAAUAUGGAACAGGAACAGUGUGGCCUGCGUGGUCCUCACUUUCAAAGAGCAUUUUGGAACUCAGGGCCGUGGAGGAUACUUUGAUGACUUUGGUAUUAUUCGCGAUGUCAUGCAGAAUCAUCUCCUCCAGAUACUCUGUUUGGUCGCCAUGGAGAAACCGGCUUCCACCAGCCCGGAUGAUGUGAGGGAUGAGAAGGUGAAGGUGCUGAAGUGUGUAGCUCCAGUUGCUGGGACAGAUGUGGUGCUCGGUCAGUAUUUGGGGGACCCUGAGGGCGAAGGCUACUCCAAGCUGGGUUACCAUGACAACCCAACCGUUCCAGAAGGCUCCUGCACGCCGACCUUUGCCACGGCUGUGCUUUAUGUCCAGAAUGAAAGAUGGGACGGCGUACCUUUCAUUCUCCGCUGCGGCAAAGCUUUGAAUGAACGGAAGGCAGAAGUGCGUCUGCAGUUCACCGACGUGCCGGGAGACAUCUUUGGGGACCGCUGUCAGAGGAAUGAGCUGGUGGUGCGUGUGCAGCCGGACGAAGCCAUUUACCUCAAGAUGAUGACCAAAAGGCCCGGAGUUUACUUCAGCCCAGAGGAGACUGAGCUAGACCUCACCUAUAGGAGCAGAUACGAGAACGUGAAGCUCCCAGACGCUUACGAGAGGCUGAUACUAGAUGUUUUCUGCGGAAACCAGAUGCACUUUGUUCGCAGUGAUGAGCUGCGGGAGGCCUGGAGGAUCUUCACCCCCCUCCUCCACCAAAUAGAGGGGGAGAGGACGCAACCAAUCCCGUAUACAUACGGAAGUCGUGGUCCGGACGAAGCAGAUGACCUUAUGAAGAGGGUGGGAUUUCGCUAUGAGGGAACAUACAAGUGGGUGAAGCCCCACCCAACAUGAAUUAACACACGCCACCACACAACAGACACUGCAAUCUUUCACUGCUGUAAUCUUUUUGACUGUUUCUCCCCAUUCACACAAAUGUUAAUUUGGAAAUAACAAUUACUGUACAUUUAAAAAAUCAAAUCUUUUGCUAGAACUUACUUACUUAACCAUAUGACUACUUUUUAACAUGAUUUAAACAUAGAUAACGUAUAUUUGAUGUUAAAAAAACAAACAUAAGGAAGAUCAAUAUUUACACAUUUCAUUGUUGAGAAUAUGAACCUGGUCUCUGCUAUCAGCAGGCCCGUGUUUACAGCCAUAAACACCACAUAAGAUUUAUACCAGGACGUCUUGUUGGUGUCUGGUUGGUAACAACAGAUGACAUAAAAGUUUACCUAAAAUGUCCUGCUUCAGGUGAGAAGGAUUUUCAUGUAGGUGCUUUGGACUCAAUUUAAAUUUAAUUCAUAACAUUGGUGCAUGAAUUGUGAUUGGAUUUACUUUUAAAUUGGUGUUUUUUCAACUGCUUGCAGCAGACGGAUGCUAUUUUUGUGAGCCAUGUCUGUCUGUCAGGUACUUGGUCCAGCUGGCGGCCUUCUAACUGCAAACACACAUAGCUUUGACAAAUAAUAGACCGUUCGCUCAUCCUGCCAGUUCUCUGAGGGCCGUGGGAAGCGCAGUAAAGACAUCUGUUAUACAACUUCUCCUCCGGAGACUUUUUUAUUUGUUCCCUUAUGUGUUAUUUGAUUUGCACUGUACUUUUUAUGUAUACCAUGGAAUGUUAUGAUC